AUGGAGUCCGCAAUCGCCAAACAACUCGUGGACAAGAUCUAUGAGAAGCGGAAGGCCGCAGCGCUUGACCUCGAAAAGCAAAUCCGAGAAUGUCACCAACAAGGAGACCAACGAAGAAUAAGCCAGAUAAUUGACCAGCUGGUCGACAUGUUUAGCAACACUCACAACGCGCUCCACAUCCGCAAUGGUGGUCUCAUCGGGCUUGCAGGCACUGCAAUUGCCCUCGGCGUCGAUGUCGCGCCGUAUAUGGACAAGUUUGUCUACCCGCUGCUCGACUGUUUCGUCGAUUCGGAGAAUAGGAUACGCUACUUUUCUGCCGAAUGUCUCUACAAUAUCGCCAAAGUUUCGAAGGGAGAAGUGCUGGUAUACUUCAACGAGAUAUUCGAUGCGCUCAGCAAGCUUGCUGCAGACUCUGAGCUCUCCGUGAAAAACGGCGCGGAGCUACUCGAUCGACUCCUCAAAGACAUUGUAGCAGAAUCGGCGUCUGUUUACAUCCCCCUUUACCCAGAAACCGAGAAGGUUCGCGAUGAAGUACAGGGAGUUCUCGUACCAUAUCAAGAGGGGGAACGCAAAGCUUUCUCCCUUGCACACUUCAUUCCUCUACUUCGCGACCGAAUAUAUGUCGUCAGCCCCUUCACUCGCAGCUAUUUGGUCUCGUGGAUCAACGUGCUGGAUUCGGUUCCCGAACUCGAGCUCAUUUCAUAUCUGCCGGAAUUUUUGGAUGGUCUGCUCAAAUAUCUGUCCGACCCCACGGAGGAUGUUCGUGUUGCGACGGAGACAUUGCUAGCCGACUUUGUCCGCGAAAUACGCGAAAUCACCGUUGUCCGUCGACGCACGGAGGAGAAAGCAAAGUCUCAACGUGAUACCUCGUCAAUCCGACAGUCUGAUCAUGGCGGUGACGAUCGACUACCAGACUUCAGUGUUGAUCCUUCUGAACGGGCGGUCUUUCUUCCGGAAAACGACGAGCCGAUUACCUAUGGCGAAGAAGUCAAAGAGGAAGUCGCAAACGACCUGGACUAUAGGGACACUGGAGCUUGGGUACCUGGUCAAGGAGUGAAGAUUGACUAUGAUGCUAUCAUCGAGAUAUUGAUUCAGCAGUUGGAUGGCGAACAUGAUGAGAUCCAGCAGUCAACUGCGUUACGAUGGCUUGCCGAAUUCCUCAAUUUCACGAGCGAAGUCAUGGUCCCAUUCACUCCACGUCUUAUUCCUGCCAUCCUGCCCAAUCUUGCCCACCAUGUUGCUAUGAUCCAAUCUGCGGCGAUCCACACUAACAAGUCGCUAUUCAACGUCAUUCAAGCGCUUCCUUCCCCCGCUGAACCCCCAACACGCGCUCCUCAACCUGCGCUACCGCGUUUACCUGGUUCACCGACUCCAACUGCAUCCACUUCCAAACAAUCAACCACUGGACGAGAUCAGGAUGCACCCAGCCCAGAGUCUGUUACGGAAGCUACAUCUCCAACAACCGCCUCGUCCUCCCCCGUCCUUUCACGUUCCCGGACCAACCUUAAUGCCCUCGAUCCGAGUCAAACGCCACGGCUAAGCGAUAUGGGUCCACCGCCACUUCCCAUAAGUCGACCCCAUUCUCCUGUAUCGUUCACCAGCCAAACUGGUCAGAACAGCAUUAAUAUGCCAUACACGCUCCCGCCAGAAGAAGUCGAUCUAUUCGACUACCAAGCGACAGUAAACGAGCUCACCAUCCAGUUCUUGAGCGAAUUUGAGGAAACUCGUGUUGCUGCACUCAAAUGGCUUAUCAUGUUACAUCAGAAGGCACCGAAGAAGAUUUUGGCUAUGGACGAUGGAACGUUUCCUGCUCUGCUUAAGACGUUGUCCGACAGUUCAGAAGAAGUCAUCAAACAUGACUUACAACUUCUGGCGCAGAUUUCUUCGAGUUCGGAAGAAACUUACUUCAAAGCAUUCAUGAUGAACCUCUUGGAGCUCUUUAGCACGGACAGACGACUUCUGGAAACACGAGGCAGCCUGAUUAUAAGGCAGCUAUGUCUCAACCUCAACACGGAGAGGAUAUACCGCACCUUUGCGGAGAUUUUGGAGAAGGAGGAUGAUCUUGAAUUUGCCAGUGUCAUCGUGCAAAAGCUCAAUAUCAUCCUCAUAACGUCUCCCGAACUCGCGGAUUUCCGCAAGCGGUUAAAAAGCCUCGAAACUCGCCAAGACGGACAAGCGUUGUUUACGACAUUGUAUCGCUCCUGGUGCCACAACGCUGUUGCCGUCUUCUCACUAUGUCUUUUGGCCCAGGCAUAUGAACACGCAUCAAACUUGCUGCAUAUAUUUGCCGACCUAGAAAUAACUGUACCGAUGCUGGUGCAAGUAGACAAGCUCGUGCAGCUGAUAGAAUCACCCGUUUUUACAUAUAUCCGCCUCCAACUUUUGGAGCCCGAACGAUACCCUUACCUUUUUAAAUGCCUCUAUGGCUUGCUAAUGCUCCUUCCUCAAAGUUCCGCUUUCAUAUCCCUUCGAAAUCGACUAAACGCCGUCAACUCAGCCGGAUUCUUGCAUAUUGCGCCUAAAGCUUCCGUUGCUUCGACUAUGUCUUCAACACGCUCAAAGAUUGGCCGAGAUGAGAUUAAGUGGCAGGAGCUGCUGCUUCAUUUCCGCUCGGUGCAAUCGAAGCACGAGAAGGCGCGACGGCAAGCGCUCGGAACAGAUGGUCUCUUUUCGUCGGCACUGUCGGACUCGGAUCGGAUGGAAGAGAGUGGCCGGACGGGCCGCAGUUCCAGCUCAAGACCUGGUGUGAGGCGGAAAGUGACUGGGGAAAUGACCAUGCCGCCAACGGCAACACCUACACUAGCGUUUUCACGCAGUGGGGUGUUGUCUCCGUUGAAUCCAAGAGCACGAUCAACAGGGUUGUUGGCUGGAGCAGUUAUGGCGCAGACGGGGACUGGCCCUGGACCGAUGCCAACUAGUCCUGUCACUUUACUGUCGCAGCAGGCACAGAAGCAGAGGAGAGCGACGAUUGGACUGGGUAGGAAGGUUUAG